AUGGCAUCUUCGCUGUUGCUGAGUCGCCAGGCGGACUUUGAAUCUUACUCCUCCGGGCAGGAAGAAACACUGACACUCAACGUGAGCUGGGGCUCACCGUCGAUGAACUCGGCUGACAGCGAGACCUCUGAGCCUUCCUCGAUUGCCGAGGACAGGCUCUACGAGGUGCCGGUAGAGGUGAUAGUGUUGCUGUCCAUCUGUUACGGCGCCAUCUCGCUCGUGGCCGUAGUGGGCAACACGUUCGUGCUCUGGAUCGUGGCCACAUCACGCCGCAUGCGCACCGAGACCAACUACCUGAUCGCCAACCUGGCCAUCAGCGACAUCAUCAUCGGCCUGUUCUCCAUUCCGUUUCACUUCCAGGCUGCGCUGCUCCAGCGGUGGCUCCUGCCGCGCUUCAUGUGCGCCUUCUGCCCCUUCGUACAGGUGCUGUCGGUCAACGUGUCCAUCUUUACGCUGACCGCGAUAGCCGUGGACCGCUACAGGGCCAUCACGAUCCCGCUGAAGGCGCGCCUCAAUUCUCGCCUGACGGCACGGGUCCUCAUCGCUGUCAUCUGGGUGGCGUCAGCCAUGGCAGCGGCGCCGUACGCGUUCGCUCUGCGCGUCACGCUUGUCCAGGAUGAACGCAGUGGCGAGCGCACGCGCCCCUUUUGCCACAACGUGGCGCUGCCUCCAAGCGCUUGGCGCGUCUACAACAAUGCGCUCGUCUGCUCACAGUACUUCGCGCCCCUGCUGGUCAUCUGCUACGUGUACGAGCGCAUUCGCCGCCUGCUCAAGGACUCGACCAUCCCCGGAAACCCGGAGUCGGUGCGAGACGCCAUCGUCGUCAGGAACAAGAAAAAGGUGAGCGCCUUCUCGUUUUACAUGUACAGGUGGACGCUACCACUGCUGCAGCUAUGUUUAGGAUUCGGCUGCCAGCGCAGAUCGGACAAAGGACAAGAAAGGGACAGCGCUUGA